AAGGGCAUAAAACGAUCCCCUUUCUCUUCUCUCUUUCACGCUCCAACAAAUCUUAAAAUUAAAAAAAAAAAACAAAAAACACACACAGUAGAGAAGAAUCAAUGGAGAAUUCAGCAGUUUCUGCGAUGGACGCUUUCGAAAAGCUCGAAAAGGUCGGGGAAGGAACGUACGGCAAGGUGUACAGGGCCAGAGAGAAAAGCACUGGCAAAAUUGUGGCCCUUAAGAAGACGAAACUCCAUGAGGAUUCUGAAGGCGUCCCUUCCACCACUCUUCGCGAGAUCUCACUGUUGCGAAUGCUCUCUCGCGAUCCCCAUAUCGUCAAGCUGAUGGAUGUGAAACAAGGGAUUAAUAAGGCGGGGAAUACGGUUUUGUACUUGGUGUUUGAGUACAUGGACACCGAUCUUAAGAAGUUCAUUCGGUCUUUUCGACAAACAGGAGAGAACAUUCCUUCGCCCACUGUUAAGAGCUUGAUGUAUCAACUUUGUAAAGGGGUUGCCUUCUGUCAUGGUCAUGGUGUGUUGCACAGAGACUUGAAGCCUCAUAAUCUUUUGAUGGACCCGAAGACGUUGGCUCUGAAAAUAGCAGAUCUUGGAUUAGCUCGAGCGUUUACUUUGCCUAUUAAGGAGUAUACACAUGAGAUAUUGACUCUUUGGUAUAGAGCGCCUGAGGUCCUUAUGGGGGCUACUCAUUACUCCACAGCUGUGGACAUGUGGUCUGUUGGCUGCAUAUUUGCUGAACUGAUAAAUAAGCAAGCACUAUUUGCUGGAGACUCUGAGCUGCAACAGCUUCUUCACAUUUUCAGGUUACUGGGAACUCCUAAUGAAGAAAUGUGGCCAGGGGUAAGCAGGCUAAAGAACUGGCAUGAAUAUCCUCAGUGGAAGCCUCAGCAGUUGUCUUCAGCUGUCUCUCAUCUGGAUGAGAAUGGUCUGGAUCUGUUAAAUAAAAUGUUGCGGUAUGAGCCUUCAAAACGGAUUUCAGCCAAGGAAGCUAUGGAGCAUCCUUACUUCGAUGGCCUAAAGAAGGAUUCCCUCUGAUUCUCACUGUUGAGUGGCUAAGAAGGAUUCCCUUUGAUUCUCACUGUGGAGCGUCCUGGGAAUGUUUCAAUGUUUUAAUUGUCUUAGGAAUGUUAUGCUUUCAUAAAUUUUAGGACCUGCAGCUGAUCCUACAAAAUGCUAAUGUUUUAACAACGUUAGGAUUGUUAUGCUUUAGCACUUUAGUAAAGAACGUUAGGAUUGUCUCCUGCUCUUCUUGAGCAUUUUCGUUUAUGGUUAACAAUGCCUUUCUCCUUUGCAAUCUGUUUCCUUGUAGAAAACAGCAGUUUUCAAUGAAUUUCAUGGAUUGUUUAAAGUAAAGAUUUUCUGGA